UGUCGACGCGGUCAGGAUCGACGACUCCAUCAUCCAAAAUCGUUUCUCCUGAUGGGCUCUCUGAUAUUCGAGCUCUCCUGAUCUCGCUCGACGGCUCUGAUGAUCCGAUUGGCGGGAAUCAAAUUCGGCAGGACGCUUUGCAGAACACCGUCGACUACAACCAUCUCGUCGAAAACGAUCUCAGCAACAACGUCAACAACACCGACACCGGCGGUGUCGCUUGCAACCGCGGCGGCCCCUACAGCCACGGCAGUUCCUUUGAGCCGGCGUCGACGUCGCUAAUCGAUAAUGAGUGGAGCUCGACUUUCUGUGGGGAUUACUUGCUAGCUCGAGCGCCCGGGGACCAGGUGUUACUUCCACACUCAUCGUCGUCGUCGUCGUCGGCGGCCGCGGCAGUCGAUAAUGAGCCUUUGAGCUGUACACAGUUACAAGAUCAUCACCUCCAGAACCAAGACUUUUACGUCAUGGUUCCAGAGCAGCACGGCAACGGCGGGGUCUUCGGGGGGCACGACGAGCCUCCGCAGGACAGUGGCGCCUCCCUGAACGACCUCGAUGCCGAUUCGUACCUCGGUUUCAUCUUCCCCAAUCAGACCAUUCAACAGAAUGGUCCCCUGCCGGAGUUUCCGACGCUGUUCGUCAAAGCCGAACCUACCGCCGAGACGUUCAGCGACCCGUCGCCCGGAUUCUUCAACGAAUCGGAGCCGAUCGGACACCAGAGUUACUGCUCACCGCUGGAUCAGCAACAAGCGAGCACGGACAGCGACGGGUUCGUGGUUCUCGGAGUCGGGCUGGAAACCCUGUCUGGCUUCAGAGGAGAACUGGAUGAAAGCCCGUUGCAGGACCUCAAACAGGAACAGGUUGUGCCCAGUGUGAUGGAUGACCAGACGGCUAUCUAUAUACAACAGACGAAAUUCCUCCGAGAAGAACGGGUACCCCCGAUCACGCGGGUGCCUCGGAAGUACGUUCGACAUCCGAAGCCGAACGAUGCGGAAAAGAUCUUCUACUGCUCAUACGAGGGCUGCAUGAAAGGCUAUUCGAAGAGCUCUCACCUCAAAGCGCAUCUCCGACGACAUACGGGUGAGAAACCGUUCGCUUGUCAAUGGCCUGGCUGUAGCUGGAAAUUCAGCCGCUCCGAUGAGUUGGCGCGGCAUAGACGCUCUCACUCGGGCAUCAAGCCCUAUGAAUGUUCGAUUUGCCAAAAGCGAUUCUCACGCUCAGAUCACCUGACGAAACACUUGAAGGUUCACAAGAAAAAUCAGAACGGCUACAUCCCUCGUCGGAGCUAUAGCCGCCAGAAGCUUUUGCCCUCGUUGAGUCCCGAAGGCCAUGACUUGGCAGAGAACCAUAUGCUUAUUUAUCCUCAAGCAUAGUGGAGGAGCGUUUUUUUGGAGCGUGCAAACUGCAUUUUUACAUUCGUCGAGACUCCUUUCUGCCGCGACGGAGCGUCCACUUCGAUUCGCGACCUCAUCAUCGAUGCUCUCUCUCAUGUUUCUGUGAUCGGCUUCAUCUUCGCACCUCCUUCAUCGCGGUCACAGAUCACAACCAGAGCCGAUCGACUUCGCUGCAAGGCGAGCACCCACCGAAUACUUUGACAAUCAAUGUGGGAUGAUAGGGAGAAUACUUUGCUAGUUGUAUUCAGGAGUUCAUUGCUAGACAUGAUGAUUCGUCAUGAAUAGCACCGAGGCACCUUUCCGGUGUGAUCUCAUCGUAGAGGCAAGCGGCGACGGAUGUCUCUCGAUACCAACUUAUAGCGCAAGCCACCGAUGGAAAAUGGCAGUAUCGUCAUAGUUUCUCUCGAACUCCAUGUAGUGCUCCUGGAUGUCAUGUUUACGAAUGGAUGCGUGGAUAGACUUUUCGUCGGGCCGGCAGAACUAGAGGCUGAAAAACGGAGCUUUCUCUUCAAGCGACGAUAGAUGUGCUCUGGACGGCUAAGCGAUAAGCAGUUUUAGAGCCUCCGAGAAAGAGAUACGACAGGAAUUCCCAUCUCAGUACGCAGGGCCUGCUGUGUAAAUAUUCUAUGCAGAAGAGAUUUUUCUCAAAACGGACUCGGACUCUCCUUCCCAUAUGCCUAAUGCCCCGGGGGUCCAUGAUUCAUCGCCGAAGAGUUUGCUGGAGCUUAUGCUUGAGAUUCGCUCCCGAUUUCCGAAACUGACUCUGUUGAGUGACUGACAUUAUUGGAAAUAAAACGUCACAUUCCGCGAUAGAUA